AUGGAAAGAGCCAGGCGCAGGGGAGGCGGCGGCGGCGGCGGCGGCCGCGGUGGCCGCGGAGGCAAGCACGUAGGCGGGGGCUCGGGCCUCGGCAAGACCAGACUGUACCCCCAGGCCCAGCACCCCCACUACCCGCACUACGCGGCGCUGGCCGCCUCUCACCAGCCCGGGGCCGGGGCCGGGGCCGCGGCCGAGAUCCAGGAGCUGGCCUCCAAGCGGGUGGACAUCCAGAAGAAGAGGUUCUACCUGGACGUGAAGCAGAGCUCGCGGGGCCGCUUCCUCAAGAUCGCCGAGGUGUGGGUGGGGCGGGGCCGGCAGGACAACAUCCGGAAGAGCAAGCUGACCCUGUCGCUGUCGGUGGCGGCGGAGCUCAAGGACUGCCUGGGGGACUUCAUCGAGCACUACGCCCACCUGGGCCUCAAGGGCCACCCCCGGCCGGAGCCCGGCCCCGCGGGCAAGGAGCAGGGCUCGCGGCGGCGGCCGAAGCACCUGCACCACCACGCGGCGCCCUCCCCGCCCGCGUCCGUGGGGUCGGAGGAGCAUCCGCACAGCGUCCUCAAGACGGACUUCAUCGAGAGGGACAAUCGCAAGUAUUACCUGGACCUCAAGGAGAACCAGCGCGGCCGCUUCCUGAGGAUCCGGCAGACCCUGAUGCGGGGGGCCGGCAUGAUGGGCUAUUUCGGCCACCACCACGGCCUGGGCCAGGAGCAGACCAUCGUCCUCCCGGCCCAGGGGAUGAUCGAGUUCCGCGAUGCGCUGGUCCAGCUCAUCGAAGACUACGGCGAAGGGGACAUGGAGGAAGAGCGAAGAGGAGGCGGCGGAGGAGGGGACGACGAGGAUGACCCGCUGGAGCUCCCCGAGGGGACCUCCUUCCGAGUGGACAAUAAGAGGUUCUACUUUGAUGUGGGCUCUAAUAAGUAUGGCAUUUUCCUGAAGCUCACAAUUUACCCUAAAUCCAGAGAGACUAUCAACCCUUUUCACUGUUGUCCAAUCCAGCAUAAGGAACAGCCCUAUAACACUACAAAAACAGUUGAGGAAUGUCUCUUAUGUUACACUUCAGAAUAA